AUGAUGGAGCUCAUGCAGGAGCUCCUCUGGAGUCAGAGUUCCGUAAGUAACAUGGAAAACAUAGGGCUGUUCAAACACGAUGAUAUUCUCAAGCUCCUCUCUGAGUGGCCUUCUAAAUUCUCUCAUACUCUACCCCUGAUGGAAUUUGUUGUACGCUUAGGUUCCUUCUGGGUGGAAGCAUUCGUUUGCUCGCCGUUAUUCAAGAAACCUCCUCACAACGACCCAGGGAGUCAUAGGCCUAUAAGCAUCACAUCUGUAUUUUGCACACUAUUCGAAAAAAUUAUCAAAGAAUUAGUUGUGAAACACCUUGAGAUUAAUGAGGACUUGCCUGAGUGCCAGCAUGUGUUCAAGAAGGGAAGGUCUACGGUCUCUUGA